AUGAAAGUAUCUGUUAAGCGCGACUUGGGUUUGCAAGUUCGAAUUGUGUGGCUUGGUGAUAGUUCGAAUUGCUACUCUGUUAAGUCAGGAUACAAAGUCUUAACAGAGGACAGCAAUGUGGGGAGUCAACCAGCAUACAAGAAGGUGUGGCACAAAUUAGUACCAUUAAAGGUGGCAGUAUUUGUGUGGCAGGUGCUGCAAAAUCGUAUCCCUUCAAAAGAAAAUCUUUGUAAGAGAGGAAUUGUAGAUAGUACUGCAAUUAAUUGUGCAAGAAAUUGUGAGAGGGUGGAGUCAUCAUCUCAUAUUCUCUUCGAAUGUAAUAUUGCGUACGAAGUUUGGAUGAAUAUGUGCAGAUGGCUAGGGGUGAACUCGGUUAUGCCCAAUCAGUGUAUUACACAUAUUGACGCGUUCACUGAUUUAGUGCAAAAGAAAAGAGGUACGGAAGCAGGGCUUAGAACCAUUUGGUUUGCUUGUACAUGGUGCAUUUGGAAAGCUAGAAAUGCUAAGGUUUUUCAGGACAAAAAUGUUUCAGCUGCAGAGAUUGCUGAACGAUCUAAACUACUUGCAUGGAACUGGCUGAGAAUAAAGUCAAGAAAUUUCAUGUAUGAUAUUGCUCAUUGGAUAACAAAUCCAGUUAUUUGCCUAGAAUCUGUCGAGUGA